AGUUAUUUGGCACACGUGCACAUUGUAUUAAAAUGCAGGCCCUUCGUCGCUCCGCCAAUGCUGUUUUGCCGGGCCUCCGCCGCAUGGGCACGGCUACGGAUGCUUCCGCCAAUGCAGACAAGUACUGGGCUGCAUUCUUUCCUAAGCCUCAGCUGACGGCCGAGCAAGUUAAGAAAAAUGUUAGCAAGGAAAUGGUUGGCUUCAUGCUCCUGGGGCCGGUGGGAGCCGCUUUUAUGCUCUACGACUUCUUUGUUGGUCUUGAGGAGGAGCACCACGUUACCAUUCCACCGUAUCCAUGGAUGCGCAUCCGGCGCGCGCCUGGCAUGCCUUGGGGUGAGGACGGCCUCUUUGAGAAUCACCCGCGCGUUGCCAAGGUCUGGCCCCCAGAGGAGGGGGAGGCGGAGAAGGGUCACCAUUAAACUGCUACACAGGGCCCUUGCUGAGCUAGAGGAACCCUGCGAGGCAGGGCUAAAUAGCAGCAUGAAGGGUGGCACGGGACUGUUAUUUCAGACGUGAACGGCUUACCAACCUGACCGGUGGCGUGACGAGCUUAGACAAAAGGAUUGUGCCUCGCUUUAGAGGUGAUGAGGGCUAAAGCUGUAGACAUGCUUGUAGUAGCGUUGCGAUGGGGGGUGGGCUAAUGGGUUUGUGCUUGACAACAAGGCUAAGAGCCUUGCCCUGUGUGUCUCGAUGUACGACGCGUUGACAGCAAAGCAUGCGAUGGGAUGAUGGGGGUGAUGGGCAGAAUGUGUAUCAUGAGUCGGGAAGCGGCUGCCCUGUGACGGCACUGCUUCAGGUUCCGCCGGGUUUUUAACGAGCGUGUGGAAGUGUGUGUAUGUGCGCGUGUGAAUCAUUAGGCAGGCCGUCUUUGUAUGAAAGUAAAUUCGGUACCUCCUUAAGCUCCGCCUCCUUAAGCUCCGCAGCAUAUGCCCCGCUGAUUCGGGCCGUUCAGCCAGGUUUAACAAGGCUGGGUCCUGCACAGGCCCGCCGGCCAUCGGCCGCCUAUGCACCACAGGCCGGCUGCACUCAGCAUCUUGUUAACAAUAUACACCAGC